AGUUCUUCAUUAUGUUGUUGAAAUAUUUGAUCACAAUUUGUUUUUAUAUUACAUUUUAUGGGGCAGGCGCAGCCAGUGAAUUGUUCCACAAUGCAGAUUUCGAGAGCACUUCCUUUUCCGGUAAUUGGGUGGCUAUUGAUUGUACCAUGACUUCCCGAACAGAUGAUAAAUAUCAUGGAACGCGCAGUGUCAUGGUCUCUCAUAGGCAUCAUACGUGGUCGGCUGUCCGACAGACAUUUCAUGUCACUCCAGGGAAGAAUUACGUGGUUAAAAUGUACUUCAAGCUCCUUAACCUUCCCUCUGGACACGCUUAUGCCGAAGUCAAACUGAACGUGGCACUUACUGUUAACGGUAGUCCUAAGUACUUUGGGCUGGCAAAACUUCCGAUGCAGCAGUUGAAAUUUGGAUGGACGGAAAUAAGUGGCGAUUUCCAUGCCCAGAAUGGAGCCACAGACGCUGGUAUAUACAUAGAAAUACCAGACAUAUCUGUCAAUUACCUGGUGGACUUUGCCAGUGCCCAGGAGCUACCUCAUAAUUCUCACUGGAAGUCAGAUGCCCAAAAUAGAAUUAACAACAUCCGAAAGGCUCCUGUCUCAUUCAAACUGCCGCAUGGAGUGAAUGCACAUGGGAUUUCUAUUGAGUUGGUCCAAAAAAGGCGAAAUUUCGCCUUUGGAACUGCUGUUGUUGCUACUUCCAUGACAGACCCGUCUCAAAAGGGAUAUCAGGAUUUCGUAUAUAAUAACUUUGAAUGGGCAGUCCUUGAAAACGCCCUGAAGUGGAGGCAAAUGGAGUGGACAGAGAAUCACGUUAAUUUUGACAGACCGUUGAAUGCUAUUUCUGCACUGCAAUCCCAUGGAAUAAAAGUUCGGGGACACAAUAUGUUUUGGGACGUGGAACAAUUUAUUCCUCAGUGGCUGAAAGGAAAAUCCCAAAAUGAUCUCUUGUCUUGUAUGAAAGGUCACGUGAACCAAGUGAUCUCAAGGACGAAGGGGAAGUUGGAACACUGGGAUGUCAACAACGAGAAUCUCCAUGAUGACUGGUUUGAACGUCACACACGUGACCCAGAUAUUACAGAGAAGAUGUUCCAGUGGAUCCACCAACAGGAGCCAAACGUAAAACUGUUCCUCAACGACUACGAAGUCAUUAACCAGCCUUAUGAAACUACGGCACUGCGAAAUCAAGCAAUACAUCUUAUUAAGGACGGCGUACCUGUUUACGGUCUUGGACUCCAAGGACAUUUCUUUUCACACAACAUUGACAUGGAUGUUCUGAAAUAUCGGCUGGAUAAGCUUGCUGAGUCCGGGCUAAAACUGUGGAUCACAGAACUGACCCUGUAUGACACAGAUAACAACAGGAAGGCCAGAAACCUAGAAAAUCUCCUGACCUUGUUCUUCAGUCACCCGGCGGUAGAGGGCGUCUUAUUCUGGGGAUUCUGGGAUAGACAUAUAUGGCACACACAGGAUGCACUAUUUACCGGAGACAAUAUCACACCAAACGCAGCUGGACAGAAAUACCUAGAUCUUUUCCAUAAAACAUGGAAGACAUACUUCGUUCACAAUGUAAACCCUGGAAGUACAGUCAACACACAUGCAUUUUUAGGAGACUAUCUACUGAACAUAAAAAGAAAUGGUCAUCUUAUUCACCAGGAAAAUUUCAGCCUCGACAAAUCAGGAAAAGAUAUAACUAUUCACCUCACAAAUGACCACCAUGGAGUUUCACAGAUUGUGUUUGGAUAAUGAGCAUAGUGUACAUGUAUAUAGACUAAUAUUCUUGAUAAAUUAAACAUCAAAAGUGUU